AUGUUCUGCAAGGCCACGCUGCUCACCGUCGCUCUCGCUCUUAUGGCGCCCGCGAGUCCUGUCACCACCAAGACGGGCAUUCGCAUUCCCUUCGAGAAGCGCUCCUCACUCACUAAUGCGGAUGGUACUUUCAACCACGACAAGGCCAUCAUUGAGUCGCACCGUGCGAACCUGAUCAACCUCGAGAAGAACGUGGGCACACACGUCUUCAAGGAGGGCGCCGAGAUUAAGCCCCUCGCUGUGCUCCCCGACCACCUCGCCAAGCGCCAGUCUGAGUCGCUCACCGACGAAGACAACGACGAGGAGUGGGCCGGCAAGAUCUCCAUCGGCACCCCCGCGCAGAAGUUCCUCAUCGACUUCGACACUGGCUCCUCUGACCUCUGGAUCCCCAGCUCAUCCUGCACCAGCUCAACCUGCAAGUCCAAGAACAGGUACAAAGCGAGCUCGUCCUCUUCGUCCAAGAAGAAGAGCGGCUCGUUCUCUAUCCAGUACGGCGAUGGUUCGACUGUCUCGGGACCCGUCUACACCGACACUGUUUCCGUCGCAGGCGUCAAGGUCAAGUCCCAGACCUUCUCGCCCGUGACCACGCUCUCCAGCUCCUUCAGCUCCGAUCCCAUUGAUGGCAUCCUCGGUCUCGCUUACCCCGCCAUUUCCAACCUCAACGCGGACCCUUUCUUCAACACCGCGAUUGACCAGGGUGUUGUCUCCGAGGGUGUCUUCGGUUUCAAGCUCGCCUCCUCCGGCUCUGAGCUCUACCUCGGCGGCACCAACGACGAGCUCUACUCGGGCUCGCUCGAGUACCACGACGUUGACACAUCCACCGGCUUCUGGCAGCUCACGGGCGCGAAGACGUACGUGAACGGCGAGUCGGUCGUCACCGGCAUUGAGACGAUUAUCGACACCGGCACCACCAUCUUGUACGGCCCGCCCUCUGCCGUCAAGAAGGUCUACGCGGCCGUCGACGGCUCGGGUGUGUACGACUCCUCCCAGGGUUACUACUACUACCCCUGUGACUCGCCCCCCACCAUUGCUUUCUCGUGGGGCGGCAAGAAGUGGGCGAUCUCUUCCGACAACCUUAGCCUCGGUGAGACCGAGAGCGGCUCCGGCAAGUGCGUCGGCGCCCUCGCGGGCCAGGACCUCGGCCUCGGCAGCAACGUCUGGCUGCUCGGUGACUCGUUCAUCAAGAACGUCUACACCGCGUUCUCCUUCGACGACGACGCCGUCGGCUUCGCGAAGCUCUCUUAA